AUGUUACCUAUUCCUAAUAGGAUUCUUAACAGAUUUCAAAGUGGCAAUCAUGGUGACCGGUACCCUUUCGACGGUCCGGGACGCAUACUAGCCCACGCCUUUGCACCAACAGAUGGGAGGUUGCAUUAUGAUGCGGACGAGAAAUGGAGCACCAACCCAAGCACAGAUGAAGUGGACCUGGAAUCAGUAGCUGUUCAUGAAAUCGGGCAUCUUCUCGGACUCGAUCACAGCAUGGAUCAAAAUUCCAUUAUGUUCGCAGAAAUUCCACCAGGAACUAUCAAAAGGGAUCUCGGUCAGGAUGAUAUUGCUGGCAUACGUGCUUUGUACUCCAAUUAA